CUGAUUACCGUGGUAUCUCUUGAACGUGAAUAACAUAAAUAGCUCCAGUUUAUCUUUAAUGCUGAAUAUAUAGCAUCACUCACAAACUCAGAUCAUUCGUCCGUCAGUCAUUGUUUACACAGGAGGUUGUGUCACUCUUUGGUAGUCACGUGUACAUAAACUGUCAAUCAUCUGUAGAAGUGUCGAGUUGAUUUUCCUCACCUGUGAGCAUACUGCACUUGCCGCAGACUUCAGUGUACGUUGCGUCCAGUGUAGUUCGGUGGCAUUUGUACCGGAUUGGUCAUGGGUAUUUUAAUACUUACCUUGACGCUCGCUGUGGCAACGAUGACUUCAGGCUUUGAUAGAGGAAUCGACGUCUCCCAUCACAACGGAGACGUGACCUGGGAGAAGGUUAAGUCCGCCGGGAUAAAGUUCGCCGUAGCCAAGGCUUCAGAGGGGAAUCACAUGGAGGACUCCAAGUUCGUAGUGAACUUCAACGGGAUGAAAAAGAACGGGAUCCAAGCCGGGGCCUACCACUACUUGAGGGGUGGGCAGACUGCAGAGUCCCAGGUAGCCAAGAUCAAAGCAGUUCUGCAGAAAGUUAGCUUCGAUCCCGACAAGGAUGUCCUGGUUAUAGACGUCGAAGAGAAAGGCAACGAGAAGGUGUCAGCUGACCAAAUGGCAGAAACCCUGAACGCUGUGUUGUCCGCUCUAAAGGCGACUUACAAAAAUCUCUACAUCUACUGCGGACCCUAUUACUGGGAAGAUAAGGUGUCCUGGAGGAAGUACGACUUCAGUCAGUACAAGUUGUGGAUUGCUCACUACACCCAAGGCUCCCCAAGGAUCCCUUCGACCUGGAAGAACAAGGGUUACACCUGGUGGCAGUAUUCGGAGACGGGUAAUGUUGAUGGCGUCAAGGGCAAUGUGGACCUGAACAGAAGUAAAUAAGCCUUCAGUACGUCACUAAGGAGCCAUUAUGGAUAAAAACUGUUUAAAUCUUACAAUAAACAUUUACUGACAUAAA